CGCAUGCCAACGGCAGCCUGUGCGCCAAUGCCGCACACCUUUAGGAGCUGCGGCGGUGACUGAGUAGGAGCCCAGCCGGAUUGUCUUCGUGCUCCCCUAGGUUGGUGAUUGAACGGCUGGCCUCGUGCACCGUCAUAGUGUCUUUCACCCUCAUCAAUGCCAUGUAUAAAUUUCCUUCGACCCAAGGCAUCCUUUUUUCCUUGUCCCACAUCCACAACAAAGGCAAAGCCACUACCUCUCCAUCCACCUUCCAACCGAAUUCUCCAUUGAAUUCUCCAUUUCCACUUUCCACAAAACACUUCUUCUUUUACAUACACACUUCUACCAGAUGUACACAACGAGAGUAGCAAGCACCUACUCGGCCCGCCCCGCCGCCCAGGCACUCAAGGCCCUCAAUGGCCUGUCUCGGUCGGCCGUCACCGUAGUGACCCAUCGCCCAGGCCUCAUCGCCAUCCAGCAGCAGCCCUGGACGACAAGCAAGCGCCACUUCUCCGCGACGCCGCAGACACAGAUCCGCGAGUUCUUCCCGGAGAAGGAGACGGACAAGGUCCGCAAGACGGAGGCCGCAUGGGCGCAUCCGAUCUACACGCCGGAGCAGAUGAAGGCGGUCACGGUGGCGCACCGUGACAUGCGUAACUGGUCCGACUAUGUCGCGAUGACCAUGGUGCGCAUCCUGCGCUGGGGACUUGAUCUGGCGUCCGGUUAUCGCCACGGCACGCCCGACAAGCCUUUCCAUAUGACGGAGCGCAAGUACAUGGUCCGCAACGUCUUCCUUGAGAGCGUGGCCGGCGUUCCGGGCAUGGUCGCCGGUGUCCUGCGCCACUUGCACAGUAUGCGCCGCAUGAAGCGUGACAACGGAUGGAUCGAGACCCUUCUCGAGGAAUCCUACAACGAGCGCAUGCACCUCCUCACCUUCCUCAAGAUGGCCGAGCCGGGCUGGUUCAUGCGCGUGAUGGUACUCGGCGCGCAAGGCGUCUUCUUCAACGCCCUGUUCAUCUCGUACCUGAUGUCGCCACGCACCACGCACCGCUUCAUCGGAUACCUGGAAGAGGAGGCAGUGCUGACGUACACGCGCGAGAUCGAGGACCUCGACGCCGGCCUCUUGCCCAAGUGGGAGAAGAUGCAGGCGCCCGACAUCGCCGUCGACUACUGGAAGAUGCCCGAGGGCCACCGCUCCAUGCGCGACCUGCUCAUGUACAUCCGCGCUGACGAGGCUAAGCACCGCGAGGUCAACCACACGCUUGGAAACUUGGACCAGAAGAACGACCCGAACCCCUUCGUUGCCGAGUACAAGGACAAGACGAAGCCGCAUCCCGGCAAGGGCAUCCAGUACUUGAAGGCUACCGGCUGGGAGAGGGAGGAGAUCAUCUGAGUGCCGUUACUGAAUCGGAACGGUAAUUUCAACACUUGUGUUAUUUGAUUUCAAACGACGGGCGUAAAAGGAUUGGGAUUUGUACUUAAGAUACUCCACUCACGGCUUGGGCAUGGCAUGGCGCAGGCGUUGGGAAGAAGGCUUUGUUUUUUCCUUGCCAUUGUUCUUCCGGCAAUGUCGCCACUAGCGGUGGAAUUUAGAGCUGCAGCAUUCGCUAGCACACAACACUUUGCAUUUCCCGGGGGUUUCUGUUUUUCUUUGUGCUCGAGCACACAGCAUCCGACUCUAGUCCGCGAUUAGAAGCACCGAGCUUACGAGCAUGCUUCGUCGUGCACACGCUAGACGUAACGGACCGGUUGCUGACUUCUGUACGAUGGGAUGGCUUUAACAAUACGAGUGGAAUGCGGACGGAUACGGUACCAGGCUUUCACUUCGAAGACAAUACGCUGGCCGUAAUUGGAC